AACAAGGUGUACGGGCCGUGAAGUCUCGGCUGCCUGACUCGGGAAACUACGGGAAACUCUAUAGUCCAGCCCAUGUGAGGUAGAGAAAGACUGUCAAGCCCCACGGUAUGGUUAAUCAGGGUGCCGAUGGCUCCGCCUGAAAAGUGUCUCAACGAGAUCGCGGCGCGGAGACUGCGGAAGGCUGCUGCUGACCGUGAGCGUAGGGCAAGGAUGUCUCCUGCUGAGCGUGAACGUCUCGCCGCAGCCAAGCGGGCACGUUAUGCUGAGACGAUGACGGCAGAGCACCGAGCUCGUCGCACCGCUGCUGCACGCGAGCGGUACUUGGCUCUUGCUGCGUCAGAUGAAUACCGCGCCCGUCGCAACUUGGCGCAGCGUGAGCGGUACGCCGCGAGAGCCACCGUGCAAAACCGGGAGAUUCGAGCAGCGGGUGGACGUGAUCUCCGCAAGCGUCGUCCUAGGCCAUUGCUAGGCAUAAGAGAAGACGCACAUGAAGACUGUGAAAGGAUAAGGCCGGCAGCAGUGGCUGAAGUGCAAUUUUCACAACAGUUGAGUGUACCCUGCGCAAACACACUGGUCAUGGCCACAGGUGACAUUGCUGCCUACCGAAAAAGGAUUGUGUGCAGAUGCAACAGCAGUGCGGCCACAGGGCGUCAUGCCACAAUGUCUCGUGCCAUAACCUGUUCAAUCCGUCAAUUUGUGCGUAGUGUGUCGGCAUGGAAGAACACGUCAACAUGGAUGCUGCACAAGGAAACACAGACCCGACCCGCCUUGGUAACAAGGAAAACACAGACGCUGUGACAUCGGCGUCUUGUGUGGGCAAGGCAAACCUGUACAUUCCAUGUGCAUCAGUUGUGAAGUGCUGCUGUGCUGUUGCUCCUGAUGCAUUCAUAUUUACAGUUGCCAACAUUGUGUCCUUGUGACAUGUGUGUAGUGCUGCCAGUAGCGGCCACCUGCAGGGUUCGCAUAGGAAGAUGACAAUUGGCCAGCCGUGAUCUAACAAUUGGUCCUUGUGUGCGUCUGGGUGCUCCACAUGCCAGUUGCCACUGGGCAUCACUGUCAUCUACAAUAGGCAGCUCACACCUGCCAGCUCCCUGCACUUACAUUGCUGCAUCAUGGACCGUCACUGGCUUUAACUAGGUGCAUAGUGCCACAGCUCCAGACUUUACGUACUGGGAUUAUAACUGCCAAACAUGGUGUCAUCUUUGUAAGUCUACCGUGUUGAGUUAUACCAAAUUAAUUCUUUUAUGUUUGCAAUGUUGCAUGGUUGUUUUUUAUCUCCGCGAUGCAUGGAUUGUUAAUGUUCUGAUGUCCAGAAAAUACAAAUAAUAUGUUAUAUUGCUGUGAUUUGUGCUACUCCAAAUGAAUUUUGAUGUGUAAAAAAUAACUCUGAGCUAGGUACUGUGGUGUAUCGCCCUCUAAACAGCAACCUAACAUUGUUUAUGAAUUGUCUUGAAGCAUUUUUGCGCUCGCUCAAAUAACUUUAAUUUGGGCUAUUGACUUCAACAUUAAUGUUCUUGAUGAUGCACCUAUUGUAUGUGACCUUACUAUGUGGCUACUUUCAUCAGGCUUUGUUACUAUGAUCAAAACACGUACUCGAGUAACUUCGUCCACUUCGUCUGCUAUAGAUUUGCUAAUUACAAACUGGGAAACUACAAUUCGUGACUCUGGUACAUUAUCAAUUAUGGACCAUUGUCCAAUUUUGUGUUUAACGAUGCUCCAGGGAAAACUGGAACAUGUCAGUGUGACUCAGUUACUGUUCAGUGUAUGUCCCAUGACAUGUUUAGAGGUUUUCAAAUCUAAUAUCUCUUCACAAGAUUGGUCUUGCAUAUAUGAAGAAAGAAAUGUGAAUGACGCAUAUUUGAAAUUCCUGGAGACAUUUACGAACAUUUACAUGGCGCAUUUCCCUUUUAAAAAUUUUACACCACCCAGAAAAAUAAAACUGUGGGUAACAUUUUCACACAAAAGGGGAAAUAAAUCGCAAUAAUAAGCUUUUUCGCAGUUUCUUUAACACAAGAUGUCCUUCUUCACUGAACAAGCUUAAAGAAGUUAGAAAUGCGCUCAAUGUGGAACUACAGCGUGCUAAGGCAACUUAUUACGAAAAUAUUCUUGCUACCGUUUUGAACAAAGACUCCUCUGCAGCAUGGAAUGCAGUGAUUAAAGCUUUAGGCCAUUAAAGGGAAAAUGCGCAUCCAGAAGAAAUAACGUACGAAAACAACGGGUAUACUGGUGAUGCUCUGGCAGAAUUUCUUAAUAAGCAUUUCAUUGGCAAUAACACUCCUGGUACAACCCCCCUUCUCAGCAAUGACUUGGCCAAUAUCGGCAACGAAAGUAGUAUGUUCCUUGUGGGAGAUAUUGGGUUCUCCUCCGUACUCUUGGGACAAAGGAACGACAACACAGUAGUGCAAACAGUCACAAGGGCAUUUAUUGCACCUUUCAUAGAUCAAUGCCUGCUAGCCGAGUUGCUAUCCCCAAAACAUGCCGAUGGGCGCGCGACAAAUCUAGAAGUCCGACUUACCGCGACCGCAUUGCGAGCGAAUAUGUUCGCCCCAUGCUGGAUCCCAACGCCUGGUCGUUCGCGUGUACGGUCACGCGAAUGGUGUCCAAGGCGGCCACGCGAGACGGUCUCGCAGAAGCAUGGGUCGGCGCGGCACGGCACGUCCGUCCCGCUUCCUUCCCGAACCCAAAGAGACCAAGCGCCUUCCCUUUCGGCGCCCAAGUAACCCCGCAGCAGCGCGACAGUCGCGCCAUCUCUCGCACCGCGCUUGUACCACUCCGACCGCCAGGCCACGCGAGCCGUGCGGGAAAACAGCAUAGCAGGGGAUGCGCUAUGCGGGAAAAACAUCAGGGGACGCGCGAGAGUCGCGCAUCCCCACAUCCUUCAUCCCACAGACAAAGUAGAAAUUUAUAGGACUUUGAUGUCUCUAAAGAAUACGAAAGAACUAGAUAUCGGCAACCUCUAAAUUAGGCCAAUCAAAACAAUACUCGAAUACAUAAUGCCCGUACCUGCAUACAUACAUGUAUAUAAUUUGUCGGUAGAGUUAGGUGAAUUCCCAGAUGCAAUGAAAAGAUAGUGUGUCUGUUGUAUAUAAAUGCAGAGACAAAAACAUGCCUCAAAAUUACCGACCGAUAUUGAUCAUAUCUAUCUUUGCUAAAGCCUUUGAAAAAUCUUGCAAUAUUGGCUCACCAACUUUUUCAGAGGAUACAGCUUUUUUCAGAAUCAUAGCACGGUUUUCGUAAGAAAAGAUGAACAGAAUCAGCAAAAUUAGAAUUGAAAGAACACACACUAAGAACAUGAAAAAGAAACUAAUAACUCUAGCCUUAUUCAGGCUUCAGCAAGGCGUUUGAUUCACUUGACCAUAAAAAUUUUAGCACAUAAGUUAUUGAUCUGUGGAAUACAUGGUAAACUUUUAUCUUUAAUUAGAUCUUACCUUUCCAACAUAAGCCAUUAUGUAUGUAUCGCCAUGCACAGGUCAUCCUUACUAACAAUAACGACAGGCAUACCACAAGGAAGCGUAUUGGAACCGUUUAUGUUUAAUGCUUACAUAAAUAGCAUAAUUAACAUUGAUCCGACAGUAAAGUUUAUUGCAUAUGCAGAUGACUGCACCAUGCUUCUUUCUGGUCCUGACGCGACCGAACUGGCACUUGACUGUAAUCAUAUAUGUAACAAGCUUGUCAGCUGGUCUUCUUCAAACUCACUUAAAAUGAAUCCUUCAAAAACAAAAGUUAUGUUUUUUCGAGCCAGAAACAAGGCUGUGAGGUGUCAUGGUCUCAGGGUGGUAAACACGACGCAAGGAACGUUUGAGUUUGGAAAAGCCUUUAUGGGGCAUGAGCAUAAGAAAAAUACAUAUAUUCAGAAAGCACGCAUUGCCAACCCAAUGGCAAAACCCUAACAUACGACAAACUAUAUACAAAGCUAGUUAAUUGAAAAUAUUGUCUUAAGUCCUCGCACACGACGUAUUAUGACAUUGAAAAUAUUUACAUAAAGUCCACCGACGUGGCCGUGUCACCUCGUCGUCGCUGCUUCCGACGACACGUCGUUGGGCUCGCCGAUGCGUCAUAGACUCGACGUCGCUGUGUCCGACGUUCGGUCUACGGUUGGCCUGGUCAUGGGGUCAGGAGGGUGGAGUGACCUAGGUGUCUGGAUCGCCCGGUCAACUCCGCAAGCUGCGGAUCGUAGCCGCAGGGAAUCCGGGAAGCGGUGCCGUCAGCCUGUACCUGCGGCUUCCGGUGGGAGGUCCACUCAGCGCGCGGGUCAUGGCCGCGGCAGCUGAAGAACUGCUUCCACUGGGUUGCCUGUCUCCGCGAUCCACCCGUCCUGUUCGGCCUCUAGCCCCUUCUCCCCGCCUUCGUCCCAGAGCGUAGCUGGGCCGCUCUCUUCGGCUACGUGUCCCUGCUCCCAUUGGCCAUGUAGCUGCGCGUGCACUUCUGCGCUUCUGCUUUCAUAUUGUAUUCUUUUUAUUCGUACGCUCUUAUUUUCUGUCUUCUUGUUUCUUUAUUUCUGCCAUCGACUCCUCGUGUCUUCUUGUUUUCUUCUUAUCUUCUGCCUUUUCUUCUUCUUUCUUUCUUCCUUGAUUGGCUCAUGACAUGAGGUUAGAGCACAUCAUUAGUUGAGGAAAUGACGGCAUUGAAAUAGUUGAGGAAUACACUUUACUCGGCAUAACACCAUCUUUGAAUCUUACAUAGGAUUCACACAUCUUUAACCUAUGUAAACAUCUUGCGUCCGUCAGUGGUGCGAUGUCACAUUGUCAUGUGCUUCCUUUAAAUAUUAAAAUUAAGACAUAUUAUGCGCUGUUUGCUUCUCAAAUUAAUUGUUAUAGUUUGUUCUGGCUAACAACAACUAGAACAAACAGAAAAAGGUGUUCAAACAUUGAAAAAAAUAGUUAUAUGACAGAUUGCAAACAUUGAAUAUUGUGGAUCUAGUGUGAGCACUUUUCAAAACUUCAGCAUAAUUCGUAUAGAAACCAUGUAUGACUUUGUGUUCUGGUGUCUUUUAUCAUUCAUAUAAAAUAUUUAAGCAGUUCUGAGAAACAACAGCGAGCUUAUGUGUAUACAGGCCUGUGUUAAAUACAUGCAGCACAGACAUGUGGUUUCUCCCAUGUUAUUGCCUGGAUUACAAACUACAAAUGCUACAACACAAUCUUCCUUUAUUUUGAACAAAUACAAAGGAACGCAAUACGCGUUGAACUCUCGGUUGCAAGCAUAUUUUGUAAAAGUGUAAUUAAUGUUUGUUGUACCAAUUAAUUUUUUUUAUAUAUAUAAUUCUCAUAUUUCUGUUUCUUAUGUAUUGAUGACGCACUCUAUUUAUUUUCAUUCUAUAUUAUUUUUAUUUGUUAGCCUUGUUUGUCAGCAUAUAUGCUUAAAUUUCCACUUCAUGUAGUGUUGUUAAGUGUCUUUUUUUUUGCCGUUUCGCUGUAUCUGCCUUGUAAUGGCAACCUGGGCCUGUGUCAAACUGUCUACAUAACUUUUAGUCCAGGUAGCCAUCCAGUACUAUCUGGUGAAUAAACUGAAUAUUGAAAUUGA